AUGUCCAAGACUUUUGGGGUCACACCACCUAUAUCAACAGACAAUCCAACUCCAAAAGAAAAUGCAUUGAACGAAUCAUUGGUACAGGAAUUAAAAAGUAGAGGUUCGUUUGAAAGUGAAUCAGCAACAAAAAAAAGAGUCGAGGUUUUGUCAUUGUUUCAGCGAUUAGUACAAGAGUUUGUGUAUGAAGUUUCAAAAACCAAGAAUAUGUCAGAUGGUAUGGCUAAAGACGCUGGGGGAAAAAUUUUUACAUUUGGUUCUUACAGAUUGGGAGUUUAUGGUCCCUCGUCCGAUAUUGAUGCACUAGUUGUUGUACCGCGUCAUGUAACAAGAGAAGACUUUUUCAGUGUAUUUGAUCAGAUGAUUCGAAAAAGGCCAGAGCUCGAGGAAAUUAAUGGUGUAACAGAUGCUUUUGUUCCGAUUAUAAAAUUAGAAUUUGAUGGUAUAUCAAUUGAUUUAAUCAUGGCUAGAUUGAAUGUCCCACGAGUGCCAUUAGAUAUGACACUAGAUGAUAAAAAUUUACUAAAAAACUUGGAUGAAAGAGAUCUUAGAUCCUUAAAUGGUACUAGAGUGACGGAUGAAAUUUUGCAAUUGGUACCAAAACCAACAGUGUUUAAGCAUGCUUUGAGGUGCAUCAAACUAUGGGCUCAGCAGAAAGCGGUUUAUGGUAAUGUGUUUGGUUUUCCCGGAGGUGUUGCUUGGGCCAUGUUGACGGCAAGAAUUUGUCAACUAUAUCCAAAUUCUGUUAGUGCCGUAAUAGUGGAAAAGUUUUUUAAUAUCUAUACCAAAUGGAGCUGGCCGCAACCUGUGUUACUAAAAGCAAUAGAAGAUGGUCCACUUCAAGUAAGAGUUUGGAAUCCACGUCUAUAUUCGCACGAUAGACUACAUAAAAUGCCCGUCAUAACACCAGCUUACCCGUCUAUGUGUGCUACUCAUAAUAUAACCAACUCAACUCAAAAAGUGAUCCUAUCGGAGCUUGCUAAGGGUGCUGUUUUGAUGAGUGAAAUUUUCAAUGGUACCAAAAAUUGGUCUGAUUUAUUCAAAAGGCAUGAUUUUUUCCAUAAAUAUAAAUUUUAUCUUUGUGUGGUAGUUGGAACUUCAGAUAUUGCAGAAGAACAUCAUAAAUGGCAUGGAUUCGUUGAGAGUAAAUUGAGGCAAUUAGUCAUGAAACUAGAAGCCACUGAAGGUGUGGAGCUAGCACAUCCAUAUGUCAAGGAUUUUUCAAAUAUAUAUUUUUUAGACGAGCGGACACCCUCAGAUAUCAUUAACUCAUAUGGAACUUUGCUGGGCGAAAAUUACUUGAAGGAGUUGAAUGUUCCGACAGCUGAGAACGAUACUGGCAGCAAGCUUUAUUUAUCAAAAUACUAUAUUGGAUUGGACAUCAGUUUAAAUAAGACGCUGGAUGGAUUAAGAAAAUUGGAUAUUCAAUAUCCGUGUUCAGAGUUUUAUAAUGUUUGCAAAAGCUUUACCACAUACAGAGAAGGCACCAAUUUCAUUCAAAUUAAAAACGUGAAGCUUUUGGAUCUCCCGAAUGAUGUAUACAUUGAGGGAGAAAUAAGACCAAAAAAAAGCACGAAGAAAAGAAAGAAAGAAACCACAGAUGAAACUCAGAAAAGAGCCAAGAGUGAAAUACCAACACAAUCAUAA